GCGUAAGCUGUCAGCCACACAAUAGCAACUGCAUACCUUUCACCGGCUCUGGGACAAAUGUAUUUCACUGGCUCCAGAUUAAGGAAUGAUGUCUUUCAGACUGGUCCCAUUGGCUGCUUUGCUCUGCUGUAUUUGUGGUGCUGAUGGAGGAAAAGUCCUUGUUCUCCCUGUGGAGGGAAGUCACUGGGUGAACAUGAAGAUCCUAAUUGAGGAGCUCUCUUCCAGGGGACACAACAUCACAGUGAUCAGGCCCCAAAACAGCUUUAUCUUUGGAGAAGAGACUGACCACUACCAGUUAAUUAACCUCAAAUCAGUCGCUGGAUUUGGUGACGAGUACUUUACUCGUUUUGCUUCACAGUGGUUGCAGCUUCGACGUGGGUGGAGCUCUUCCUUUUUUGAAAAAUUAAAAGCAUUUUCUAAAGGUAGCAUGGAAUUCAUGACAAUGAUAGGAAAUGCUCACCAAACUGUGAUUGAAUGUGUGCAAGAGAUAUUUGAAGAUGACAAGCUUAUGAAGCUCUUACAAGAGGCCAACUAUGAUGUUGUCCUGACGGACCCCUGCUUCGGUGGAGGGGUUCUCCUGGCUCAUCGACUGGGUCUGCCUUUGGUCUUCAAUGUACGGUGGACGAUAAUGGAAGAUGGACAUCACACGGUUGCCCCCUCACCUCUCUCGUACGUCCCUGUAGCAGGCUCUGAACUGACAGAUAAGAUGACAUUUUGGGAAAGGGUGAAAAAUGCUUUAUUUGCAUUAAUGGUGCUAGGUAACCGGUUGAAUAUAAAACAGCAUUACUAUGAACCAUUUGUCCACCGUUACUUUGGUCCUGAUGUGCACUAUGAUGAUCUUGUUCAGGCAGCAGAUAUUUGGUUGAUGAGAACUGACUUCACCUUUGAGUUCCCUCGUCCCACUAUGCCCAAUGUCGUCUACAUGGGUGGGUUUCAAUGUAAGCCCUCAAAGCCUCUUCCUCAACAUCUGGAGGAUUUUGUCCAGAGCUCUGCAGAGCACGGAGUCAUUAUCAUGACCUUGGGGACCUUGGUGGGGACUCUUCCUGAUGAUGUAGUCGAACAUGUGGCUGCUGCUUUUGCCCAGUUACCCCAGAAGGUCAUCUGGAGGCACACUGGGAAGAGACCAUCCACCCUGGGCAACAACACCUUGCUGCUGGACUGGCUGCCCCAAAAUGACCUCUUAGGACACCCAAAGACCAGAUUGUUUGUGGCACAUGGAGGCACCAAUGGAGUCCAGGAGGCCAUCUACCAUGGAGUUCCCAUUGUGGGCCUUCCCCUGAUGUUUGACCAGGAUGAUAACCUGUUCAGGAUAAGAGUGAGGGGUGCUGCCAAAGUAAUGGACAUUGGAACACUGACGAUGGAAAACUUCCUGGAUGCUCUGAGGGAAGUUCUUCAUGAGCCGUCCUACAGGAAGAACAUGCAGGAGCUCUCCAGACUGCACAGAGACCAACCCAUGAAGCCUCUGGACCGAGCCAUGUUCUGGAUCGAGUUUGUCAUGAGACACAAGGGAGCUGCCCACCUGAAGACAAAGUCCUACAAGAUGUCCUGGAUUCAGUAUCACUCCAUAGAUGUCAUUGCUCUGCUGCUGGUUUUAGUCAUCAUGAUGUCACUCACUUUCCUUCUGACAGUAAAAUGGUUAUGGUCUAAAGUAUUUGGUGGAAAAAAACAAAAAACUGACUGAUAGAGACAUUCAGCAACCACUUGGGUACUUGUGCCUCGUAUUUUAUCAAGUGUGGAGGGAAAUAUUUCCCCAGCACAGGAAAGAAGGUUGCAGAGAAAGGAGUGAAUGGGGAAUUACUAGAAAUAAGACCACUUUUAUCCAAGAGUUUGAGUCUCAUCUAGAUGAGUUCUGAUGUGACUGGUGCACUGCCAGAAAAUCAGUAGGCUGAAAAAGAUUCAUAUUCCCAAUUAUUAGAAUUACUUUUUAGCAAAAAAAACCUUUUCAAUACUGACAACCAAUAACCCCUAAAGCAGGUGUCAUCAACUACAUUUGUACCAGGGCCAGCGUAUGUCCAUGUAGACACUAUGAGGACUAAAUAAACUAAAUAAAAGAAACUUUUUUUCUAAAUAAAUUUAUUUUUUUUUAAAUGUACCUUGUUUUUUUUAGCAGUGAACUCAGUCCUUACUCACACAGUUAAAUCCCUAUACUGCAGCAAGCCACAAGGGAGCGAUUGAGAUAUUUGCGCAGAAAUCUGCUGCUUUAAUCAAGAAUAAACUUAUAAGUAAGUUUGUCAUGCAUCCUAUUUGCCAUUAAUUGUUGAUAAUAGUUGGAUUUUUUUUUGUAAAACUGAUGAAGCAUAAGACAAUCUUUAGAAAAAAUGUCUCAAUCUCACUUAUUUUUGGAGUUACUUAAUAAUCUGUGAGGAUCAUUAAAAGAAAGAUAGAAAAGAUACCCUAAACAGGCAAAAAAAAUUUUUUUCCUCAGCACUUUUUCUGAAUUUAAUCAAGCUUCUAGGGGCCGGAUGGGAAGCUGUGGGGGACCUGAUGUGGACCCUGGGCCUCCAGUUGAUGAUCAGUACCCUAGAGCAUCAGUUUUAAAAUGACGUGGCACGGCACAAGCAAAUCCAGGUGUGCUGAAGGAAUGUGAGCAUCUAUAUGUUAUGACUACAACUCAACAACAGUUAAACAUACUGUAACUCAUUUCAAAGAUGCUAUUUUGAAUUUGGCAUGCCUUGGGAUUUGGGCUGAUGUGCCUUUGGCAACAAAUGUUUGAAAACUGCUGCCCCAGAGAAAUAAAUGUUCUGAACUAUUUAGAUAUCCUGGGGUUAAGAACAGUUUGGGUAUGGUAAAAUUAGAAACCAGAAACUGUUGACGUUAUUGUUUAUUAAGCUGGAAAUGAGUGACUAAACAAAUGGGGACAAAAUACUAACUCUGUCUCCCUC